AUACAUUCGUGUAGUAAACAUGGCUUUUAAAUUGUUGUUAAGUGUCUUGUGUUUAUCUUUUGCUUUAUCCCAACAAUUUAUUAUUGUUAAAGAUGGAUUUGGCAAAGAAUUAUAUUUGCAAUUAAGGCACAAAAGAGAAACUUCAGUACAGGCAUCAGGUCAGGGCAGUAAAGUCAUAGGUCUUACAGUGGAACAAACUGGAGGCAUUGAAAGUUGGGGUGGAGGAGAUCACGUAGUCAAAGGUGGAGGAAUCGUCCAUAAAACCGUUGGUGGGCCCAUUUCUACUGGAGGAUCACUCUCUUAUAAUCAUGAGCCUUCAAAUACACAAUUAAAAGUAUCGGGUGUGCAUACCCCAAUUUGGGGCAAUGAUGUGACGGCUGAGGCGUCAAAAACCUUAUUUUCAAAAGGUGGAGCUGAACUCAGUGCCUCUGCUGGAGUUUCGCAACACCUUGGAGGUUUGCCUGGAAACGGAAAACCUGAAGGUAAUGUGGCAUUGAAGUUUGAAUACAGACCUCCAGUUCAAGCGCCUUUGCCACCUGAUGUUCAGCAGAUGAUUUGCAGGAUGACCAGACCAGCUUACUCUUGUCCAUGAUCUAUUGAAUUUUAUAUUUGUUUUCGAAUAUUUAUUAAUAUAUGUAUAGUAAUUUAAA